AUGUUACAGCCUCAUUCAACUCGUACUGAUAUCCACUGCGGCCGAUCACAAGUCCAAUUCUCUGACUCACAAAGAACAACAAACCGACUGGAUCCCCCAAGGGGCGCUGGUCUUUGCACAGCUCAUCUACGUACCACCCAAACGCUAAGCGCCCACUGUAUUCCCCCAAAAGACACACCCUCUACAACUCUCGGGAUGUCCCAUCUUCCUCAAGACGACAUUCGUCCUCGUCUCCUCACUAGCCGGUAUUAUCAUGGGGAAGCUUUAGAAGGUGCUUCCUCUGUCUCUGAUGUGCCGAAUGCUCGCAUUUGUAUGGGGUCCUGUGAAUCACAUGCAAUCAUCUUCCAUUAUUAA